AUAUGUACACCUUACUACCUAACGCCAUAUACCGUACGAACGAACGAACGAGCUUUGCUACUCGCGCAUUAUCUCGUCCGGAGCCAGCAAAGAAUUGCUAUUACUAUUACUACUACUACACGCGCAUCUUAUUUAUUUACCGCUAGCUGUUCAGAGUAUAAACGCAGUAUCUUAAAUAUUUUUCUACGAAACAAAUUGUCGAAACAAGAGUCGAGCGAAGCUAUAUCUGAAGCUACAGUGAAUUUUUUGAGCCCGCCCGUUCAUGAUGUCGAUUGGCGUUCCUAUCAAAGUGCUUCACGAAGCCGAAGGCCAUAUCAUAACCUGUGAGACGAACACUGGUGAGGUUUAUCGUGGCAAACUGAUAGAAGCCGAAGACAAUAUGAAUUGUCAGAUGCAAAAUAUAACAGUGACUUAUCGGGAUGGUCGGGUCGCUCAACUGGAGAAUGUGUAUAUACGCGGCUCGAAAAUACGAUUUCUCAUACUGCCGGACAUGCUGAAGAACGCUCCCAUGUUUAAACGACCGGGUGGCAAAGGUUCCGGUACUGCUGGCAGAGGAAAAUCCGCUAUAUUACGUGCUCAAGCUCGUGGCAGAGGCAGAGGACAGCAGCAUCAAAGAAACAAAGGUACUGGCUCUGCACCUUGGCUUAAUCAACAAGGUCAAUCUGGUGGACCUCAGAUUGGAAGAGGCAGGAGUUAAACUUAUAUAUAAUGAUAAAAUGUAUAUAUUUUUCUAAUAUCAAAAUAAAAUUGUGAUAUUAAAUGUUUUUGAAAU